ACUUUCAAAAGUAUUUCAAACCUUUUUUAACAGUUAACAUCAGCUCACCACCAAUAGUUUAUGAGAGGAUCGACUGUCCAAGUAAUUCUUAAUACAUUGAAAUAAUUCUUAUAAAAUUUUGAAUAUUAAUCAUGAUAAAUAAUUGACAAUUAACAAAUUAAUUUUUUCUACUUACAAUUAAGCUCUAAAUUCAAAAUCAGCCACUUAAUAUGAUGGCUUGGGAGUCAUAGCUACUAGCUAUAAGCUGGUCAUGUGUUUACAAACAUUGUCUUCUUGAAUCACUUUGUUUUGAUACCGACAAGUCUUUUGAGCUUCACUGUUCUUUAAUUUUUAUAUUUAUCAAAUCAUUGUCAAGCUCAUUGUUGGAUUAAUUUUCGUUAAUUCGUCCAUUAAAUUUUCGAAUCUGUUGCUGUUUAAUUUCACCCAUUUAUUUUCCAAUUUUGCUAUCUUUUUGGAUCAUCGUUGAAUGAGCUGAUUGAAAUCACCUUUGCUGACUUUAACUUGGCUUUCGUGAAAUAAUAUUAAGAAGAUAUGAAUCCAAUUGUAAACUAAAUAAUUCCUGGACUCAUCUUAUAAUUCGUCUGAGGAUCAACCAGGUGCCUGGUAAUACCAGAUAAUUUAUUUACAUCACAUAAAUCAUGAUAAGGACUGGUAUCAAAUCUUUUGUCGACUCAUUUUCUUAUCCAAUAUUGAAUAAUUAUUCAAAGAUUUUGAAGUUGAAUGUUUCACCUCAUGUUAACCUGUUGAGACCUAUUGCUGGCAUAUCACAUUUUCGUUGCACCAAUUCAAAGCAGUCAUGGUCAGCUUCUGAGAUAAAUCACAUAAGUGGCUCAUCUCUGAAAUUAAAUUUCGUCUACGGUCCGGAGAUAGUCCCAUGUAGAGAGAUACAAACUACUACAACUGGAAAAACAAGUCCCUUAUUACAUGUUAACCUUUUAACCACAAGAAUGAAUGAAAAUACGAUGAAUUCCUUUCAUGACCGCCGCUGUUUUAGUAAUGAUGUUAAGCCUGAAGAGAAUAUCGAUACUGAAAAGUUAGACCGAAAGGAUAAGAAAGGUCGAUUUAAAGCAUUGAUACGUGAUUAUGGUGUAACCGCAGUAGUCUUCCAUGUAACCAUUUCAUUGGCAUCUCUCGGAGUCUGUUGGCUGUUGGUAAACAGUUCAUUACCUAUGGAAGAUAUAUUUGUUUGGCUUGGAAUACAUCAAAAGCUUGGAAGUUUAACCGAAGCAGCGUCAACGUCAACUAAUUUUGUCGUCGCCUAUGCACUCCAUAAAAGUUUUGCUUUGGUCAGAUUAUCCAUUACAGCCGCUUUUGUUCCUAUACUCGUUAGGUUUUUAAGAUCAAAAGGUAUCAUUAAACCCGUUGCUAAUGUGAUUAAAAAGUAAAUAACAAAUUUGGUGAUAAUCUAUUGGUAUUGAGCAAACUCUCCGAUUGUAAUUUAGAUGGGAAAUUUCAGUCAAUCAUAGUUUUCAAGUGUAAAAUUUCUUAUAAGUUAACCUGUUUCAAAAUUUUAAUAAAAGAUGAUGGAGGAAAAAAUACCUUGCCAGUAUUCAA